AUGGCCAAUGCAGAUUCCACCCAGCCUUGCCUUCUGAUUCCUGUUUCUCUGAAGCAGGCACAGUGGCCUCUGGAUACCCUCGUCUCUGCUGACCCCUCUAUGCACAGACGCUUUACACAGAAUGUCCCCCAAGACCUGUCCAUCAACACCUUUGGGCUGGAGCAGUCCCUCUUGUUGUGGAUCUGGCAAGAGAUGCUGGCCAACACAGUGGAGAAGUUGGAAGGGGCAAAGGAAAAACAGCUUGCUCUAAAACUUGCUGGACUAAUUGAAGAAAAAUGUCAACUACUUGAGAAAGUUAGCCUUGUUCAAAAAGAGUAUGAAGGCUUAGAGUCAUCUUUAAAGGAUGCCAUUUUGGAGAAGAAGUCCAUAGAAGCAGAAAAUUUGAAGGCAAUUCAUGAAAAGCUCGAUAGUUCUAAAUCUAAACUAGGGGAUGAAAUACUCUUUAUAGAAAAAGAUCUAAAAGAAGAGAAAACUAAACAUUCUCAAAAGGAUGAAUUUAUGGCAGAUAUAUCAAGAAGGAUUAAGUCCCUAGAAGAUGAAUCCAAACCCCUCAAGUUACUAAUAGCCAAAGGUGAAACAACCUUGAGAAUAUUUCAAAUGAAUGUAGGAGGGUUUAAUGUAGCAAUUAAAGAGGUUUUGAAAGAAAAUUCCCAACUUCAGGAUAGUCAGAAACAACUUUUACAAGAAGCGAAAGAAAAAGUGAAUAACCUUAAUAAACAGAAAAUGACAUUGGAAGACUCUACUGUAUAUGCAGAACAAGAUCAAAGAGACAAAGAAAAUCAUAUUUAAUCUCUGACUGAACACUUGGUGCAGAAGAAAGAUUGGGAUUCUGUGCUUGGAGAAGACCUAAAAGAUUAUGGUAACUUGGAGUUGGAAAUGGAGAAUGAAUCAGAAAUUGGUGCUCACUUAGAAGAUCAGCCCAAAGGGGCUUUGAAGAAACUGGUUUAUGUUGCUAAGUUAAAGGCCUCUUUUAUAAUCUUAGAGAUAAAUCAAAUUUUUACUUUAUUAUCUGAAGUAAUUGAAACAAAGGAAGAGGUUAUCCAACAUAUUAAAAAUCUUAAGACAGAACAAGUAUCUUUGCAAGCAGAAAAUACACAGUUUGAAAGUGAGAAUCAGAAUCUUCAGCUGAAAGUUAAAAUCAUGAUGGAACUAUAUCAAGAUAAUGUAAUGGAACUCCAAAGGAAAUUAAUAGGAGAGCAAGAGGAGAAGCUUUCCAAAGUGGAAAAAAAAAAAAAAAAGAUCAGCCAUACAACUAAAAUGCUGGAGACCUAUAGAAAGCGAACCAAAGAUCUUGAAGAAGAAUUGGAGAGAACCAUUCAUUUUUAUCAGGGGCAUGUUAUGUACUAUGACAAAAAAGCACAUGGUAAUGAGUUGGCAGCUCAGAGUGCUGAAAGAUACCUCAAUGAUUUAAGGCAACAAAAUGCUCACAACAGAGAAGAAUUAACUGAAAUGGAGUUCAAAUUUAAACUUGUAGAAAAAGAUCCUUCUGUGCCUGAUGUUUUGAAUACAGCCUUUGGCAGAGAGAAUUCCCCAAAUGAGGGCCCAGAAAAUCCUCUGGACCAUCCGACUAACAAUGAAAGAAGGGAAUCAAACUGUGAUAAGUUAACUGAUCCUCAGAGAGCACCUUUUGACACUGGGCCCCUGGCACCUCCAUGGGAACAGGCCCAUAGGAUAAUGAUCCCUCCACCAGGCCAACCAUAUUCUGAUCCACAGUGUCCUCUACAAAGCCAAGAUGGAUGUUAUUCUAAUUAUGGUAGAAGACCUGGAUCAGCAGAACUCAGAAGUUCCACUAUGCAGCCUUUGGAUAAAAUGGAUGGGCCUACAUCUUCAGAAAUGGAACUCAGUAGAAAUGAAAUCAAAGUCAAUCUUGGUGAUUCCAAAGUGCCUGAUUCAUCUCUCCCUGCUGACAACCAAGGAACUGGCUCUGGCUUUGCUUUCUAACCUUUCCCUCCAAUCAGAGGUUCAUUGUUUCCAGUGGAUCCAAGGAGUCAGUUCAUGAGAGGGCUUUUACCUUCACCUCCUCCAGGAAAAAUGUAUGGAGCAUCUCAAGAAUAUCUUCCACUAGGCCCGCCACCCCCUCUAUUUCCAAUUGGACCAUGGUGUUUUCCUCAUAAUCUCCCCCAAGAGCUGGAUUUCUUCCCUGGUCCCCCACCCCUGCAUUCUGAAAGUAUAUUUGAGUUCCCUUCAGGGUUGAUUCCACCUUCAAAUGAACCUGCUACUGAACAUUCAGGAGCACAACCAGAAACUUGA